AUGAAGACUGUUCUGUUGUUCCUGUCGAUCUCGUGGCUGGCCACGUGCCUGGCGACUCCGUUGGAGAAGCUCGACGAGAUCAGCGUCCUCGAGCAGCAGUCUGUGACGCUAACGGAUCGGGCCAAGUACGAGGAGGAGCUGCUUCGCAAGCUCAACUCUAAAUGCUCGCAGAACGACAUCAGCAGCUGCGUGAUGCUGAAGUUGGUCACCUAUAUGAACAAGCUACUGAAGAAGGCGUCGAUCGAGCUGACCGACGACAUCGAGAUCAGAAAAACCAGCCAAGCGUCCGAGGAGGUGAUCACGUUCGAGGCUGGCAGAAGCAACGACGACGAGUCCGAGGUCCUCGACCUUGUCGCGAACAAGGUGUACGCGUUCGUCAAAUCUAGAAGUAUCAAAUGGAGGAUUCUGCCGGAGGAUGACGUAGUUGUUUCUGCCUCGGAGGACGAGAACGGAUCGUUGAAUCUUGGCUUGUCUAUCGAGAGGGCGGACAAUGUUCCAGUCCAAGAUGGUCGUGGCAAGAAGAACAACAACAUGGGCCCGUUGAUCGCUGCGGCGGUGUUGAAGAUCGGCCUGAUCGGUGGUUUGGCGUUCAAGGCGCUCGCGUUGCUCGUCGGCAAGGCGUUGCUUCUCUCCAAGAUCGCUCUCCUGCUGGCCGGUAUAAUCGGCCUGAAGAAACUGUUCUCGCAGCAGAAGCACGUGACGUACGAGGUGGUUGCCCACCCUCAUCACAGUUCCAGUCACAUUUCGGAUCACGCGCACGGGGACAGCUAUUCCAGCGGUUGGGCCAGAAGUUUCCACGGCCAAGGUCCGAUCUCCGGGCAGGCAGAUGCUCACGAUCUGGCGUACUCGGCGCACGCGAAGAUCCAGGUGGUACCAUGGACUGGCUCGGGAACGCGUCUAGAAGCGGAGGGCAACAACGUCGUUGCUUCACCAUCUGUUUGUUAAUCAUCGCUUGUAUACUCUCUGCCGCGAAACAAGCUUACUCCGCCGACGCCAACGACACGAAGGACCCUUUCGGCGUAUUUUCCACCGAUUGCUCGAACUCGGACUCCAAAAAUGUAUCUGUAUCCUGUUACGGAGUCAGGAUCGUUAGGAAGAUCGUCAAACAGCUGCUGGAGAAGACUAGCAACGAGCCUAACAUCGAGAUCUUCGACGGGGUCAGUUUGGUCGAGGUACCAGGGGCUGCAUCGAUGAGAAAGGGAAGGCUGAUGAAGGGAUUUGGUAGCGUGGGCAGUUUGAUACAGUUUCUGGAGGGAAGAGAGCUCAGAAUCAAGCUGCCGAGUUUCUUGCCGCAGAACAUCGAGAGUGCUCUUCGGGAGAGCCUUCCGGUGGAUCAAGGUCGAUUCGCCAGAGGAGGUGGUGGCGGUGGAUUCGGCGGCGGCGGCGGAGGCGGUGGUGGCGGCGGAAAGAAGGGCGGCGGUAACGGAAUGAUGCUAAUGGCGCUCAUGAUGGGGAAGAUGAUGGCGGCGCUAGGAUUCGGUGCCCUGGGUCUGCUAGCCAUGAAGGCGUUGAUGGUGUCGGCGUUGGCACUGAUGCUCUCGUUGAUCGUGGCUGUGAAAAAGUUGGCGAGCAGCCACGACAGCGGCGGUGGUCACCACGUAGUCUACGCACAGGACGUCGGUCAUCAUCACUACCGGAAGAAGCGAUCCAUCGGCGACGAAGACCACGACCUUCCGUACAGAGGGUACGCGCACUUGUUCGGUGAUUCGCGGGUGUCCUGA